AUGUCAAUUGCCAAUCCUCAGGAAGCCGCUCCCGUCGUUGAAGAGCCUGAUUACGAAGCAUUGCCAGAGACUGCUUCUUGGGGUAUACAUGCAUUCGCAGGAGCGUUGGCAGGUAUAUCGGAGCAUGCAUUCAUGUAUCCCGUCGACAGUAUCAAAACACGUAUGCAAGUAAUACAGACAUCACCAACUUCAUCCAAAGCACUCGCUUACUCGUCUGUAAAUUCGGCUUUCAAUAGGGUUUCUUCGACCGAAGGACUCAGAUCGUUGUGGAGAGGUGUCAGUUCAGUUGUUAUUGGCGCUGGUCCAGCACACGCUGUUUAUUUCGGCGUUUACGAGGCUAUGAAGGAUCUGUCGGGAGGCAACAGAGAGGGUCACCAGGUGCUGCCUACCGCGUUGGCCGGUGCUUCGGCGACGAUAGCUGCUGAUGCUUUGAUGAACCCAUUCGAUGUGAUUAAGCAGAGAAUGCAGGUCGAGGACUCGAAAUUUAAAACAGUGCGCUCGUGUGCUAGAACACUUCUCAAGACAGAAGGACUCUCGGCUUUCUACGUCUCAUAUCCAACGACACUCAUGAUGACUGUUCCGUUCACAGCCGUGCAGUUCUCCACCUAUGAAUCCACAAAAAAGAUACUCAAUCCACAGAACAACUACUCACCAGUAUCGCACGGUGUGUCGGGUGCAGCAGCCGGAGCCGUUGCAGCACUCCUCACAACGCCACUAGACGUAGCCAAGACAGUGCUUCAGACACGUGGUAAUGCACCAGUUGAAGAUAUGCGCGUAAGAAAUGCAUCUGGUAUAAUGGAGGCAUGGUCGAUUGUGUAUGAGCGCAAUGGUGCCAAGGGAUUCUUUAGAGGGUGGGCACCACGUAUGCUCACCCAUAUGCCAUCGAAUGCUUUAUGUUGGUUAUCUUACGAAUUUUUCAAAGCCGUCAUGUUUAGAGAGAGUACUAACUUUUAA